UUGUCGUUCCACCAAGUACACCGUACCGUACUUCUCACGCACACCGGCCAGCAGCAGCAAAUCUAAGACAGAAAUGCCGGGAGGCUCAUCGUCUUCCUCAUCGUCAUCUUCGGCCUGCGCCGCCUGCAAGUACCAGCGGAGGAAGUGCGCGCCCGACUGCGUCCUCGCCCCAUAUUUCCCGGCCAAUCAGCCCAGAACUUUUCAGAACGCGCACCGCCUGUUCGGGAUCAGCAACAUGACCAAACUUCUCAAGCAGCUCGAAAACGACGAGGACCUGAAGGCCGACGCCAUGAAAUCCAUCAUUUUCGAGGCCGAUAUGCGGGACCGCUUCCCCGUCUACGGCUGCGUCGAGUACAUCUAUUACCUCGAUCAGCAGAUUAAGCAAGCUGCCGACGAGCUGCGGUGCGUAUACGCCCAACUAGCUUUUUACAGAGAACAGUCGUUAUUAGGGCCGGUUGAUUCUGAGAAUGAAAAUCAGCAUCAAUUACAGUAUACGGCCGAUUCAUUACAUCAUUAUUAUGGAAUUGUUAAUAAUAAUUCAGCAGAUGUGUCUAGCCGCCAUCCGAUGAAGGUUAAUAUGUUUGGUGAUAUUGAUGAGGAGGAUUUGGGCGAGGAAGGAGAUCAAGAUCAAUCCAGCGAAAGUGUUGGAAAACCUAAUUUUUUCAGUCUCCAACAGUGUUAUAAUAGAAAUGAUAAUAGGAUAUCUAUAUCACCUUUUCCGGAUGAAGCUGGUCUUCACCAUUUUAAUAGUACUGAAGCUAUCGUCCAUGAUCGACAAUCCUAUAUUGAAACGAAAGAUACUCGCAACAUGUCCAGUUCAGAGUCAUCAUUAUUUAUUAAAGGCGAUGAGAAGUUAUGCAAGAAUGAGUUGAGGUAUGCAGCUUCUUAUUUUAGUCUUACCAGUUGACAACUACCGCUUAUAGAGAGAAGUCUUUAAAGUUUUAAAUUUCGGCCUUCUCCCCACCCAUAUGAUUCACAUUCUUUGUUGUUGAUAGAGUUUUUGUAGACCAUUUCAUUCCCUCUUGUUUAUAUCUACGCCAAUGUUUUCAGAAUUUAGUAUUACAUUUAGUGUUACAUUUGAUGUAUUGAAUGAAAAAAAGUAUAGUCACUCCAUAAAUGUACUUUUUAUCAUUUAUGUUCCAUAAAAGUAUAUAUUCC